AUGGAGCGGGAAGUUUCACUGAAAGACGUUAAAGGAGAACUGGAGGAGGAACCGCCUGAAUUUGGCGCCGGAUCUGAAUUUGGACGAAAAGAACGGGAAGAGGCGAAACGACGAAAGUACGAGAGACGAAAGCACAAGCAGAACAACUCGCCCUGGAUUCUCAAAGUUGGAAGUGGAAAGCAAAGCAGAAAGUACAAGGGCAUUCGAGAAGGCGGUGUCACGGAGAACACAUCGUACUACGUCUUUUUCCAAGCUCCUGAUGGCGCGUUUGAAGCGUUUCCCGUAAAUGAGUGGUACAAGUUUACGCCAUUUCAGAGAUACAAAGCCCUCACUGCCGAAGAAGCUGAAGAAAAGUUCAUUAAGCGAGAUCAGAUUUUGAACUACUUUCAGCUGAGGCAUUUGAGUAAAAAGGAGGGCGACGGAUCGACCGAUGAGCCUAAAACUAAGUCAGAGCGCUCAAUCAAGAAGGAAUUCAAAGUGACUGACAUGGACGAGUGGGACCCAGAUUCAGAAAAUGAUAACUUGAGCGAGAACAGUGAUAACGAAGACGAAAAGCCGAAGUUGGGCAAAGGAAAGAAGAAGGGAAAGAAAGACAAACUAAAAAAGGAUGACUCAGACGAUGACGACGACAAAGAGCCAGGAGAAGACAGCGAUGAGGGCGAUAAUGAUGAUAAAGAAGUGGACUACAUGUCCGAUUCGUCCAGUAGUUCAGAGUCGGAUACUGAGAAGACCGACAUAAAGGCUGUUGUUGACGAGUCUGCUCUGCGGGACUUGGUCGUCUCCGAUGAUGAAGAGGAAGAGGAGAAUAAGGAGGAGAACAAUGGGCAGGCUGAUGAAAACAAGCCCAACGAAGAAGAGAAGAAGGUUAAGACGGAAGGUGACAACAAUUCCCUCUCUGACUCUGACUUUGAUUCCGAUAAUCCUGAUGAUCUUGACGUCUCUAAAUCGGCACUGCUAAUUCAAAACCGAAAGUUGGUGAAGCCUAAAGCCACUGCUGAAGCAAAUUCAGCCACAGAUUCCAAGUCGGUCAAGCUUACCGUCACCCCAUCAACUGACGAGAACAAGGGCAGCUCAAGUGCUCUCAAGUUUAAGCACAAAAUGGAUACUCCUGCAACCAGCCACCACAACAGUAAUAAAAAGCAAAAGGUUGAAUCGACGAAAAACGAGCUCAUUGACAGCAUAAUUGGAGACGUUCGACGCUACCUUCUUCGCAAGCCUUACACUGCUUUUGAGCUGCUGAAAAUGUGCCGAAACAAAAUGCCCAAAGGACAGCGAGACAAACUCGCAGAGAUUAUGACCGAUGUUCUGAAGAAGCUGAAUCCUGAAAAGCGAAAGGAUCACAAUGGAAAGUUGACUUUCUUCUUGAAACCGACUUGA